AGGUUCGGCUACUCAGAGCGCCCUCGUGUUUCUUCUUCGCUCACGCAGAAUCAAUUACAAGAACCCUGCGUGUUGCAUACGCCACCACAUAGUAGCCCUCGAAAUUGUUCGCAUUCAUUUCCAGCCUGUUUGGAGAUUUUCUGUUUCUCAGAAAGAUGGUCGUACAUCUAUCGAAGAGUAGAGUCGGCAAAGCCACAGCCGUGUUGGCACUCCUGUCGCACACCGCUGUCUAUGCCGAUCCAGCCCCGGUACAACAACCGGCGGAAAAGAACGGAAGGCAACUACCUGAAAUAAACACCUCGGCGGACAAUCGUAUCCUGAAGCCGAGACUUCGUGGGACGUUGCGGAAAAGAGAACUGCUGGAAGAGGCAGCUGCAUCAAACCUGCUUCCAAGUAGCAACUUGAUGCAAAAGCAGGAACUUCUGCAAGAACUACAGCUGCACAAGAAAGAAAACGACGGCGCACUCGAAAAAUUACAACGAACCUCCGAGCAAGAACUCUCCCCCAAGCCGCGCCUCCGCGGCACCCUCCGGAAGCGAGAACAGGAGCAGGCCGCGGCGAUGUCGGCGGCUAAAGUAAAACUACAGGACAAGUUGGAAGGCGAAGGGAACAAGCCGACGGCUGCAAAUGAUGAUGCAACAGCAACUGCAAGCAAUUUGAUGCAGGUGAUGAAACAGCAGGAGCUGCAUCUUCACAAACACGAUCACGGAGUCGUGCCACCGCAGCAGCUCCAAGACCACCUCGUCCAAGCCGGCUCGAACGAAAACAUUUCACAAGACCACCUUGUUCCCAAGCCCCGGCUCCGCGGCACUCUGCGGAAGAGAGCGGAGAGGGAGAUGAAGCUGAAAAGCGCGCCGGACGGUGGUGCGGAGACGAAAGAACUACUCACAGUCCCUGCUACGUCGGACGACAAUGUGACGGAACAGCAUGAAAUAAACACCAAAGUCACCGCCAGCAGCACAACUUCAACUUUGCAAAAGCUGGAGCAACGGGAGCAGCAAAAACACGACCUUCAGCAAAACCACAAGUUCGAAACAUUUAUGCUGGAAUCAAAGAGUUAUCUCAAGGAGAAAUUCGAAGAACUCUCGUCGUCCAUGGGCAAGAAAUUGGACGAAAUUGUCGACGAUUACGUGCAGCCGUUUUUCAAAUCCGCGGAAGAAAAAACCGUGGAAUUGGCAAACGAAGCGCUCACUGGGGCCGUGCAAUCUUUCACGGAAACCACGACAAACGGCCCGGAUGAGGGCAGCUUCUGGGCGAGGUUUCAGAAACAAGAAUUCGCGGAGGUAUGACAGUGCACAACUCCCCUUCCCCUUCAUUUGUCAUGCAAUAUACCCAGUCCACCCUUGCCUUUGCCACUUGGCACUGUUUGCAUGACAAGUUCUGCUUCUGGUAGCUUAAAUAGCACUACUAUAAUGCUCUAGUGCAAAUUUGUCAUGCAAAACCACCAAUCUUGUUGAUGCUUGUAUUGCUGUGUAUGGUAUACAGAUGAGGGGAAGGGGGAAUUGUGCACUCUCAUACGCGGGCGGGUUCGGAGAUCAGAUCGGGGACGAGGUGGUGGCACUGGGGCGGGUGUGAGAAGAAGUAGGGCGAGGCAGUUAAGUACUGGCUAAGCACGCGAAUGACCGUUGCAAAAGCCAGCGGAGGUUUCGGAAUUUCGCGUUCGUUGGCUAUUUUUUAUUGAGCUGAGCUCCUGUUCCUUUCCCUUUUAGUAUUUUUGCAUAUUUUUAAUUACAUACUUAUCAUCCCACCGAGAUCGAUCCCAAACCCAACCUACUUUGAAGUCAUCAAAAGGAGAUUU